GGUAAUCGAAACCUCUUGUUUGGCGAACCAACAAGAUGCUGUAUGUGCACACGAUCGUCCAAGUAGUGUCGGCUUCGGCCGCUGUCGCAGCUUUGACAGCAAUAACAUCUACGGUAUUGAUGCUCUACGAUAUCACCGCCUUCCAGGACGAGAUCAAAAUGGAUCUGCAGCAGUUCAAGGAUAUGGCAGACGAUGCGUGGAGUGAGAUGAUGACUUCCAUGAACGGAAGAGUUGAGCGACCAGCCAUCUUCGAGAGAUACAUUACCAGAAGCAAGAGGCAGUCAUCGGAAUGCCAAUGCGCGCCAGCUGCUACCGGGUGCCCACCAGGCCCACAUGGGCCACCAGGACACCCAGGAGAAGAUGGAGUACCCGGUCUCCCGGGAAAGGAUGGUGGACAUGGAGGUGUUGGAUAUUCUGCUCCAUCCGGGGUGCCUACCUCUUGCAUCAAAUGCCCAGCCGGCCCACCUGGACCCCCAGGGCCGGAUGGCGGUCCCGGACCCGCUGGUCCACCUGGAAAUGCUGGAUCUGAUGGAACCGCAGGAAGCGCUGGUGCACCCGGUCCCGCUGGUCCACCGGGAGCUCCUGGUAGCAAUGGUAGUCCAGGAGCCGAUGGAACUCCCGGAGCACCUGGAGAACCUGGCACAAGACAGAUCAAUCAACCAGGACCAGCAGGAGCUCCUGGCGCACCUGGUGCUCCCGGACAUCCGGGACAGGACGGUAGCAGUUCAACAGGAGCACCAGGCCCAGCAGGUCCCGCAGGGCCUCCUGGCAGAGAUGGAUCGCCUGGUACACACGGACAAGCAGGAGCCGCAGGAACUAACGGAGCACCUGGGUCUGAUGCAGCCUACUGCCCAUGCCCACCCCGCACAUCCAACCUUUGA